AAUAGCGUUUUUGUCUCCCGAGUCCAACGCGCGUGAGCCCAGCCAGCUUCCGUAGAUUCUGAGCGCGUGCGUGACGCAGCAGCGUCCAACGGUCAGAAGAAUUUUCACAGGCAAGAUGGCGACUUCGGAGCCGCGAGGAACUGAAAAUGAAGAAAGCCGUGCUGAGAGUCCUACGGCUGCUGUGACAAGUCCUGAACAGUACAUCAAACACCCUUUGCAAAACAGAUGGGCUCUCUGGUAUUUCAAAAAUGACAAGAGCAAAAGUUGGACAGAAAAUCUGCGUCUCAUCUCCAAGUUUGACACAGUGGAAGAUUUCUGGGCAUUAUACAAUCACAUACAGCAGCCCAGUAAACUUGGAUUUGGCUGCGACUACUGUUUAUUUAAGGAUGGUAUUAAACCCAUGUGGGAGGAUGACAGGAAUAAACUCGGUGGAAGGUGGUUAAUGACCCUCAACAAACAGCAACGACACAAUGACCUUGACCGCUACUGGAUGGAGACACUGUUGUGUUUAAUCGGAGAGUCCUUUGAUGAGGCCAGUGAAGACGUGUGUGGUGCUGUGGUCAAUGUCAGGCCAAAGGGGGAUAAAAUAUCCAUCUGGACAGGCAACUGCCAAAACAGGGACGCUAUCAUGACGAUAGGGCAACAAUACAAAGAGCGUUUGAGUCUCCCAAUCAAAACCCUCAUCGGAUACCAGUCACAUGACGACACCUCUAGCAAAAGUGGCUCUACAACAAAGAACAUGUAUUCAGUUUGAAGAAAACUAAUUUCAACUCAUUGUAGGUUUAUAAAAUUUCAAAUUCGCAUCACAUUAAUACUUUUGAGUUGUCAACUACUGUAGUGUCCUUCCUUUUUAAGAAAAGAAAAAAAAGUCAAAUAUGUAAAUGUAGUACUCUCCAGCCUGAAAUGAUCAGCACCGUUACCGUGUGGAUCAGGGGACGUCUGCUUGUUUAGACCUGAGAGAGGACCGCAUCAGCUAAAGCUAUAUGAGUUAAGCUAGAUGUUACUGAUAUCAUUUUAGUCAUUUAAAGGACUAAUCGAGACUUGCCUAGCUGAAGAGGUUCGAAGGCUUAGAUAAGAGACAUACCGUUCUUUGCUUUAACCUUUCUUUCUCUCACGCAUCACGCCAUGAAGUGUUUCUCACCGUCAGACGAACAAAUAAACCCACAACUAAAUCCACAUGGACGUUUUAAGGGCCCAAACUGUUUUAACAUGCUUUGGUUGGAGGUGUUUGGCAUGAGAAGUGAUUGCAGAGGCGCCUGCAGACUGACUAUCUUUAAGGUUUGUAAAGGAUUACUUUUGCUCGCGCUCCAAGUUUGAAAUUUGGAGGAGUGGCAUUUAUUGUUUCAGCUAUGCUGGAAUUGUGGCAUCUUGCUUGUAGACCUAUCAAACAGUUGUGUUUCUCCCCUUCAUCUAUUUAUGAUAUAUGCAUUGCAGUUGAACUAUGUAGUGAGAGGAACACCAUGAAAAUCAAGCUCCUGUUUUCUUUCGGUUACUUUUUGAGGUUCUUAGCAACGUGGACUACUGCUUGCUGUUUUCUCUUUUUUUCUUUUUUGUUUGUUUCAACUUGUUGUUUUUUUUUUUUUUUACAGUGUAUUCAGUGAAUGCCUGGACAUACAUGCUUUUUAGGUUUGCUACCACUUUUCCCCUCAUUGAUACUGUAGACAUUUUCUAGUUUGCCCCCAUCUUUGGAUCAGUGAAAGAAGAGAGGAUAUUCAUUGUGAAUUUAUUUUGCUCAUAAUGUAUCUUUAUUAUCUGUAAUUCCAGGAUGUAUAUUACCUUCUUUCAAAGUAAAGGUUAUGUGCUUUGCAUUAACAUUUGAAUUUUUUUUUUCCUGUUUCUUUAUUCUCUUGAGUUCAAACCUACCUGAAAGUUAAACAAUUGUGUUAUGUGUUGUCAUCAAUGUCCUUUUGAAUGGGCAUUACAAGCGGCACCACUUAAGAUCAACUAAUAGAGUUCUGCAGGUAUCAUGUGGUUUUUGUUGGCCAAACUAGAAGUUACACUCUUAAAAAUAAAGGGGCUUCACGAUGCCAUAGAAGAACCUUUUUUGUCUAAAUGGUUCCAUAAAGAACCUUUAACAUCUAUUUCACAGAAGGUUCUUUGUGGCAAAAGAAGGUUCUUCAGAUGAGCAAGAGAUGGAACUUUUUAAGAACCUUUGACCGAAUGGUUCUUUGUGGAACCAAAAAUGGUUCUUCUAUUGCAUCGCGGUGAAGAACCUUUUAUGCACUUUUAUUUUUAAGAGUGUUGCAUCAUCCCGUUUUUCCAUUGGCUUUUGGAUUGUUGCAGAAAAUAAACUCUGAGACCAAUAAAUCAUUUCCAUUAUCAAGAUAAUCUUCACAGAUGAGCACAGCUUUUAUAAAUUAAAUACAGUCGCCAGGAGUGAACAGCUAAAGUUAUGCCAUAAAGAAACUACAUCAUGUUUUGCAGAGCAUCAACGUCACCAUCACUAAGCUUUAGAUAACUCUUCCAGUCUAGUUUGCAAGAGCACGAUUAUAAACACAACAAUACUGUAAAAGCGGACUAGUGAGUAGAUGAGUUUUCCUGUUUGGUGUGAAGAUGUUUAAUGUCCCUAAAAAAACUGCCUUCAAGAUGCUUGAAAGCUUAAAAAUCACAAGUUGAGUAUUGCUGGUCAUAGACUAAAAAGUGUAAAUAUAUCUUGAGCUUGUGUUUGCCACACACCUUAGAUUUUGGGGCAUCAGAACCUUAAGUGCACACAUGCUAACUGGUUUCCAGGUUUUAGGACUCAUUUCUGCAGAACUCAAUUCAACACUAUUCUCCUCAGCUGCAUCAGUGUCUUUGUCUUAUAGCAGUAGAAGUACAUAAUCUUUCCAAACAAAGUCACUCCUCCACUCUGACUUUGAAAGUUCAAAAGUUUGACCAAGCUGUCUUGUAUCUCCCCUCCCUGUUCUGGAUGUUUCUAAAGCAUGCAGUAUUUGAGUUUGUAUAGUUAGCACACAGUAGACUAUUUGUGAAAGCAGUUUCGAGUCUUCAUGGCCAAUACAUAGAUGACUACAUUAUUUAAUAAUAAAAAUGGCAAUAAGAAUUUAAGAUGAUUACCCCAUUAUACCUAAAAAGUGUCGUCAUCAAAAAAAUAAAAAAAAUGAUAGUUGCAGCUUCA